AACUACAACUCCCAGCGGUCUCUGCGCUCCCAGUUAGCAAGAUGGUGUCUCGCAAGAGGAAACUUAAGGCGGGCGGCCACGAGGAAAGUGUACCGAGCCCACCGGGGUAUUCAGCUGUUCCGGUUAAGUUCUCAGAAAAGCAGCAGGCUUCUCAUUACCUCUACAUGAGACAGCACAGAGUUCGCCAAGGCACACAGUCCACGUGGCCUCCCAAUCGGACCCUUUUUAUCCUCAAUGUGCCCCCAUACUGCACACAGGAGAGCCUGUCUCGAUGCCUCUCCUCCUGCGGCGCCAUCAAGACAGUGGAGCUUCAGGAGAAGCCUGACCUUGCCGAGAGCCCUAAGGAGCCAAAGUCGCAGUUUUUCCAUCCCAAGCCGGUGCCGGGCUUUCAGGUAGCUUACGUGGUGUUCCAGAAGCCAAGUGGAGUGGCAUCUGCUUUGAACCUGAAGGGGCCCCUGCUGGUUUCUACAGAGAGCCACCGUGUGAAGAGCGGAGUUCACAAGUGGAUCAGUGACUAUGAAGAGUCCGUGCUGGACCCCGAGGCCCUGAGGAUGGAAGUAGACACAUUCAUGGAGGCCUAUGACAAGAAGAUAGCUGAGGAGGAAGCUAAGGCUAAGGAAGAGGAGGGAGUCCCUGAUGAGGAGGGCUGGGUAAAGGUCACCCGCCGAGGCCGCAGGCCUGUGCUCCCUCGGACAGAAGCGGCCAACCUGCGUGUCCUCGAGAGGGAGAAGCGGAAACGCGCCCGCAAGGAGCUGCUCAACUUCUAUGCCUGGCAGCACCGAGAGACCAAGAUGGAGCAUUUAGCACAGCUGCGAAAGAAGUUUGAGGAGGACAAGCAGAGGAUUGAGCUGAUGCGUGCCCAGCGUAAAUUCCGACCCUACUGAGCUCUUCUGGCAAGCAGCUGCCAGGCCAAGAAGGAGCUGGUGCCACAGUGCCGUCUCUGCGCCCACACAGGCAGGAAGGAGAGGGCAAGGCUGUCCUGGGAGGUGAAUCUGGCCUUCACAGAGCUGCCCUGCCCCUCCCCCUCAGUGAAGACACUCCCUGGAAACCUACUGACCAUCUGAUAAGCCUGAACCCCAUGAAGCCCUCCCAAAAACCGCCACUCUGACAGUGAAGAUGGGAGAUGAUUUUAUUUCCAUACAGCUGGCGGCAAGGACAGGCUCCAGCAGCCUCAGAGGGCCGGCCCCAGGCCUGCUUCCUUAGCCCCAGCAAACACCCAGCCCCCUCUCAAAGGCACGAAUCACACCAGACUCUUUUCCCUGCCACCUCUCUUGGCCUUUUAGCCCAGGGAGACCCACGCCCACCCCACCUAUUUUGUGGGAAAAGAGUGCUCAAGGUCAGUGGAAGCUGUAAAGUGAGGACAGGGUCCC